AGAUUUCUAGAGAGUUGCUAUUUGCUAGUGCUUGCUCCUAUUUAGAAAGCAAAGAGAAAGCAAGUUUAUGUAAGUUAUAACCCAUCUGGGCAUCCACCAAUUGAACACUUCCAAGUAGGCAAGGCUGAGUCCAAAUCACAAUUCCACGAGCACAACACAAGCCUUUCCUCCUCAACCGCAUAAUCAAAAGCGACAUCUCUUCUUCCUAAAUUCUCUGCUAAAUCUCUCUCUCUCUUCUCUUCCUAAAUCUUUGAUUUUCUACUCUUAUUAUCAUCAUCAUCUUCUUGUUGUUGAUUACCAUAAACUCAAUCUCAAUUUCAAUUUGUUUGUGAGUAAUUAAUUCUACGAUGACGGAAUUAUCAGCUGAAGAAAAAUCAUCAGAAUCAAAUCUUCUUUUACCCCCAAUUCAAUCUCACAAAAAAUCAUCAGAAGGAGUAGAACUAGGAUCAUUAGAAGAAGAAGAAGAAGUAGCGUAUGAAUCUAGCGAAAAGAUUAGCGUAGAAGAUUUUGAUUUUGAAUUUGAUAUAGAUAUAGAGUCGAUAAAUGAUAACACAAAAGCAGGUCCAUUUUCAUGGAAGAAACUGUGGAAAUAUACAGGACCAGGGUUUUUAAUGAGCAUAGCAUUUUUAGAUCCAGGUAAUUUAGAAGGGGAUCUACAAGCAGGUGCUAUUGCUGGAUAUUCAUUACUUUGGUUGUUGCUUUGGGCAACAAUGAUGGGGCUAUUGAUUCAGUUGCUUUCUGCUCGAAUCGGGGUUGCCACAGGGAAGCAUUUAGCAGAACAUUGUAGAGACGAAUACCCGAGAUGGGCACGCUAUUUGCUUUGGAUAAUGGCGGAGAUUGCUCUUAUUGGUGCUGAUAUUCAAGAGGUUAUUGGAAGUGCUAUUGCUAUUCAGAUACUUAGCCGUGGUGUUUUGCCUAUUUGGGCUGGUGUCAUUAUCACUGCUUCUGAUUGUUUCUUUUUCUUAUUUCUUGAGAACUAUGGAGUGCGGAAACUGGAAGGUGUUUUUGCAAUUCUAAUUGCGACAAUGGCUUGUUCAUUUGCUUGGAUGUUUGCUGAUGCAAAGCCCAGUGGAAAGGAACUUCUUAUAGGUGUUUUAGUGCCAAAACUUGGCUCAAAAACUAUCAGGCAAGCUGUUGGGGUUGUUGGCUGUGUCAUAAUGCCCCACAAUGUUUUCUUGCAUUCUGCUUUGGUGCAGUCAAGGAAGAUAGACCUCAAUAAGAAGGGGCAAAUUCAGGAGGCCCUAAAUUAUUACUCAAUUGAGUCCACAAUUGCACUCCUAGUGUCAUUCAUGAUCAAUUUAUUUGUGACUACUGUAUUUGCUAAGGGAUUUUAUGGCACUAAACAAGCAAGUAGUAUUGGCCUGGUAAAUGCUGGACAAUAUUUGGAGGAGAAAUAUGGAGGAGGACUCUUACCAAUCCUCUAUAUAUGGGGCAUUGGGUUAUUGGCUGCUGGGCAGAGUAGCACCAUAACUGGCACUUAUGCUGGGCAGUUCAUUAUGGGAGGUUUUCUUGACCUUCGCUUAAAGAAAUGGCUAAGGGCAUUAAUUACGCGAAGUUUUGCUAUAGUUCCAACUAUGAUUGUAGCUAUAGUUUUCAAUACCUCUGAAGCGACAUUGGAUGUUUUGAAUGAGUGGCUCAAUGUGCUUCAGUCUAUGCAAAUUCCUUUUGCUCUUAUCCCACUUCUUACCUUGGUGGCAAAAGAGCAGGUGAUGAAUUCUUUUAGAGUGGGACCCAUUCUUCAGAGGGUAUCCUGGACUGUGGCUGCGCUUGUCAUGGUGAUCAAUGGUUACCUCCUCCUUGAUUUCUUCAUAUCUGAAGUAAAUGGAGUGCUGUUUGGAUCCUUAGUCUGUAUAGGAACUGGUGCUUAUAUUACAUUCAUUAUUUACCUUGUUACUCGUGAUGGUGUACUUUCUUCAACUUUGUACAGUUUGAUAUCUGCCAAAAGCUCUGUUUGUUCUGGUAAUUAGCCAGAAAGAGUCUUUGGCCGUGGCAAGAUUUUUACGAUAGAGAAGUUGUGGCAUAUGCUCCUCAGCCUACCAAAGUGAACAAGAUUGUAAAUCCACUAAUUUGGUCCUAGCUACCUUUUUCUGCCAUUCCUUUCUGAUCUGGACACUAAGGAGCCGAAUGCAUUUGCAUAUGUUCCUGGUCCAAAAAGUUGAUUGCAAAUGAGAACUUCAAGCACAGAGGGUGUUUUGCAGUACAAAUAUGAUAAACCUUACAUACAUUCAGCACUUUCCAGAUACAAAAGGCUCCACAAAUAUAAUUUUUGGAUGAAGAUCACUCCUACUCCAGAAGCUCGGUUGUACCAUAUGUGUUAUAUUUUUUUUUGUAUCGAUUAUAGAAUGAUUCUAUCAAUAGAUGUCUAUUGUUAAUGUCAUAAUACCAAUUGUCAAAUAUUAUAAAUCAGUACCCUUUGGGAUACUUCAUAACCUUGAGCACAGAUCUAUGGAAAAGAGUGUGUUUAUCUUUCUCCCGGAAAUUUUCAAUAGUGGAAGGAAAAGUAUGCUUCUCCAAUAUGGAUUUUCAA